AGCGCGGCCGCGGGUGGGCGGAACUGGUCGGGAUGAGUGGCGGAGGGACAGAGACCCCUGUGGGUUGUGAGACCGCCGUGGGCGGCGGCAACAAGAAGAGGGACUCUCUGGGGACCGCAGGCACAGCGCACCUCAUUAUCAAGGAUCUUGGAGAAAUUCAUUCAAGGCUCUUGGAUCACAGACCAGUUAUUCAAGGUGAAACACGUUAUUUUAUAAAGGAAUUUGAAGAAAAACGUGGUCUUCGAGAAAUGCGAGUUCUUGAAAAUUUGAAGAACAUGGUCCAUGAAACAAACGAACAUACUCUUCCCAAAUGUAGAGAAACAAUGCAGGACAACUUAAGCCAAGUUCUUCAGAGAUUGCAAGCAGCUAAUGAUUCAGUCUGUAGACUCCAACAGAGGGAGCAGGAACGAAAAAAGAUUCAUAAUGACCAUUUAAUAGCUAGUGAGAAGCAGCAUGUACUCCAGUGGGAAGACUUCAUGAAGAAACAGCCCAGCAAAAGGGCUGAAGUGGAUGAAGAACACAGAAAAGCCGUGGAGAAGCUCAAGGAACAGUACGCUGAGAUGGAGAAGGACCUAGCAAAAUUUUCAGUCUUUUAAGAACCUAAACCACAGCAGUGACAAACGAAUGAGAAAACAUUUGCCUCCUGCCUAAGAAAUAUUCCCACCAAACCAUCUAGCCUCUGCUUCAAGUUUAGCAAUAUAUUCAGUGGCACUCAUAUCGGAAGAAAGACACUCCUGCUGGAGUUCUGAUUAAAUGUUUAAUAGAAGGAGAGUGCUGCAUUUGUCUGCUUUUAAGUGCCUAUAUAUGAUUAUUUGAAUGGGGAGGAAGAGGGAAAAUGGGAUGAAUAUACUUUUUGUUAACUAGAAUCGAUCUUUUCCAUUGAUUAGGCCAGAGAACUGUAAAUGUAGAUUUUUUUUUAGAGAGAAAGAUAAUUGAAUUCACUCUGCUACAGGGUUAAUAAUUAGUUUAUUGUGGCUGUAGGCAGGUAUAAAAGCUGCCCGUCAUAGCCUCCUUGACUCCUUGGAAGAAUGUAUAAAGUGUUAUUACGUGAGUAAUGUAAACAAAAAAAAACCAGUUGUCCUUGCAGCAGCGAUCGUAUUUAAGAGACGUGAAAGCAGCAGCAUUGUCUCCACCCCGGCAAAAUGGCCACGUGGGUCUCUGCACUGCCCCUUGGGAGAGGGUGCAGAUUUUGCAGUACCGCAUAAUGCUGUGGGCUUCACUGGGUGACAAGACGUGUUAAGUUUUGUGGCCUUCUAGCUUAGUAUUUUCAGCUCUUAUUAAUAAAAGAUGUAUAGAAAAAAAAAACUUACCAAAAAUAUAUUUUUGCUUUUUUUUUUUCCAAGAACUAUAAUCUUGCCCAUAGCAUUUACCUCAUUUUUAUGUCUGUUUUGCUGUGGGUAAGCUAUAAGAUAAAUAAAGUCUAUACAUGUUUCAACUGUUUAAUGAGUAAUCAACAAAAUCUGCCAAGGAGUCCCUCUGGAACCGUGUAAGAUUCUGGCUCUGAAUGAUCCAGAAGUGUUUGCCCACAUGGCAAAUGAUCCAUGUUAAAUGUAAAUCCUUUCUAGUGUUAAUUUCUGAUCUGGCAAGCAGGUAUGUUAUGAUGAAGCAUGUACCAAGUCUGUCAUCACUGUGAUCCUUCAAAAUCUGCAUUUAAUAAUCUAAUUGAAGAACUAAGUUGAUUUUUUAUUUGCCAUAAACCAAGCAAAAAGUAAAUGCAAUAAUUUCAGGAGAUUUAUGGUAAAUGAAUUUGAGGGAUGGAUAAAUCUUUCAAAUAUUAUUUAUUGCUCUUUAGUAAAGAAAGGCACAAGAAGGAAAAUAUCCAACUCUCUUGUGUUAUCUCAGUGUUGCAACUGCAGAAAAUUGACAAUGCUUGCCUGUGUAAAUUUAUGGCUUACUGUCAAAGCUUCAUUCUUGGCCGCGUGUUGAAAAUGUGAUUAAAGUUAAUAGAGGAGAUGAAAUAAGUAUUUGAGAUUUCUUUCAAUAACACUGAACUUCUGCCAACUUUCUCUGUCUGCUACUGUAGGCUUGACAGGCUCAUCAAUCAUGCACUGGUACCUGGGCUAAAAAGAGCACUUGCUGACACCAAGGCAUGUUGGAAUUUUUUUAAUUCUCUUUCAGGGGAUGGAAAGAAAAAAAUAUUUCCAAAAAUAUCCCACAAAUGAAAAGGGAAGGGAACCUUAAAUGAAAAUUCCCUUUGUACCGUAGACACUUUUAGAAAUGCGAUUAAUUGCCAACACACCAUUGAACAGAUGUUGUAACCAAGAAAUCAAAGGGGGGUGUGUGUGUGAAUGGUAACAAAGUCUUAACUGUGGCUACCCAACUUGUGCAGCAAGGAUUUCUGGAUAGUGUUUGUUCAUCUCACAUGAGUAAUAAAUACUUUA